GAAAGCAGGACAGGUCUCUUGGUGUAGAGAGCGGUACUGGUACUGCAAACCAUGCUGCAAUCCAGGGCAUUGGUGAUAGCUCUGAUUCUGCUCCUUAGCACCACUCUCCCUGAAGUGCACUCGAAGUCCAUCUUUGAGAAAGACCGUCGUGACUGGUUGGUCAUCCCUGAUGCAAUUGCAGCUUACGUCUAUGAAACUGUGAACAAGAUGUCCCCUAAAGUCGGUCAGUUCUUGGUGGAUGCUGCCCAGAUUCCAGUAGUUGUUGUGACCAGGAACUUCCUCAUCAGAGAAACAACUAAACUCAGUAUACUGGCUGAACAGCUGAUGGAAAAAAUAAAGAACCUGUGGUACACAAGAGUCCUAGGCUACUAGCCAGAUGAAGACAAGUCAGCGUUUCCUGAUGUGAGUUGGUAACACCCUGCAGUGCCCUCUUUCCCCCUGCCCCUAUUACGGACCAAGAUCAGUCAAUAAGACAGAAUCGAUGCUCCUCUGACUGCCAUUAGAGGGAACUCAGCUUCAAAGACCAAAGGAUGGAAAGCAUCUGCUGAAGUUUCCCCCCAGAAAAAACCCCGUGGCUGGGCAUGGGGAAGGCAACGAGAUUGUAGAGCUCUUCUGUAGCCAAAUCCUGAAAAUUAAUUCCUCCUGAAUGGCUUGGCCAUUGCCCCCUCUAAUAAAAAAAUGUUGGUUGUUACACUUC